AUGUAUAUUUAUACUGGAAAAGGAGUUGAAAAAGUUUCUAUAAACACAACAAUAAAAGAUAAAAAAAAUGAAGCAAAAAGAAAUAAUCGUUAUAAAUAUUUAAAAGAAAAAAUAACUAAUGUGGUGAAGAAUCAAGAAAAGUUAAAAAAAAGUAUUGAAGAAAAUAAUAUUACUAAUGUUGAAGGAAAUGAUGUGAACGAUGUUUUUAUUUUUGAUAAAAAUAAAAAUGUUAUAAAAGCUUCAAAUAACAGUGAAACUAAUAAAGAAGAAAGUAAUACUAAUUUGGAAAAAAAAACAAAAGAAAACAAUUCUGAAAUAAGUUACUUAGAGGGAGAAAAGACCAUUAAUAAAUUAGAUGAUGAAAUGAAUAGAAAAUUAAAUUAUCAAAUGGAUAUUAAACAAAGCAAUAAGAUAAUUAAUCAGGAAAUUAGCCAAAUUAAUAUGCAAAUGAAUUAUCCAAAAAGUGAUCAUCAAAUAAACAUUAAAAAACAUAAUGAAAUAAAUAAACAAGUAACCAAUCAAAUACAUUAUCAAAAAGAUUACCAAUUAAUUAAUCACAUGUCUUAUCAAAGAAGUAGUCAAAUGAUAAAUCAAAAACUUAAUCAAAUAAAUAAUCAAAUAAUUUACCAGAAAAACAACGAAAUGUUUAAUGAUUUAAAUAGUGAAAAUAAUAAAAUAAAUAUUAUAAAUCAUAAAAAAAAUGAAAAAAUAUAUAAUAUAAAUAAUGAAGUAAAUAUCCUUAAUAACCAGAUUAUUAACCUAAAGAAUAAAAUAGAUAUGAUAAAUAAUAAAAAAAAUGGAAAAAUAAAUAAUAUAAAUAAUAAAAUAAAUCUCCUGAACAACAAAAUAAGUGACCAAACAAAUAAUAUAAACAAUCAAAUAAAUAAUAUAAAUAAUCAAAUAUUUAUUUUAUGUAAUGAAAAAAUUAAUAAAAUGUACAAGCAAAUAUACGAUCAUUUAAAUAAUUUAAAUUAUCAAAUAAAUAAUAAAUUAAACAGUCAAAUAAAUAAUCAAUUGAAUAAUCCAAUGCAUACUCCGAUAAAUAAUCAGAUAUAUAAUCAAAUAAAUAAUGUAAAAAGUCAAAUAAAUAAUUUGCAUGAUCAAGUAAACAAUCAUAUAUAUAUUCAAAAAAGUAGUCAUAUGUAUAAUCAAAUAAAUAAUCAAAUAAAUAACUUGAGUAAUCAAAUAGAUAACCAAAUAAAUUUUUUGAAUAAUAGGACUAGUUCAACGAGUUGUGAAAAUGAAAAUAAAAUCAUAGUAAUAAAUGAAAUAGACAAUGAUAAAAAUAAAUUUUUAAAAAUAAAAAAAGUUGAAAAUUUUGAAAAAAAUAUAGAUAGUAUGAGUAAAGAAUAUAAUCUUAAUGAAUAUAAUUUAUUACAAAACUUAGAUGAUAAUAUAACAGAUUUUUCUGGCUAUGAUGAAAAGAAAUAUAUUAACAAUCAAAAGUUUAAAGUUAUGCUAAAAAAUAAUGAAAACAUAAAUUUUAAAAAUCAGGCAUAUAUUAAUAAAGAGUAUAUAAAAAGUUUAAGUGAAAGUAGCUCUACUUCAGAUAAUUAUAUUAUAAAUUCAGAAGAAAUAAAGGAAAAAUACUAUGAUAAAAAGGAAAAUGGAAUAGGAAUAAAUUAUAAAGGCAAAAAUAAUGAAAAAAAAAAAAAAUCAAAAUAUGAGUAUUAUGUAAAAAAUAACAAAUUAAAUAGUAAAUCUUAUAUUAAUAAAAAUGAAAAAUAUAUUAAUAACAUAAAAAACAAUACUUUAGGAUACAAUAAUAAAACUAGUAGCAGUGAGAGAGAUAACUAUAAAAAUUAUUGCAGAGAUUAUAAUACAAAUGUAAAGAGGGAUUUAUUAAUUACUGAAGAAGAAGAUGAUAAUGUAAGUGAAGAAUCCAGAUCUUUUAAAGAAGAAAAUGAAAAGGAUGAUAAAAAUGAAAGUGAAGAUGAAAACGAAGUAGAUAAAGAUGAUGGAGAAGGAAGUGAAGAAAAAGAAAUAGAUAAAAACAAUUUAUAUAAUGAUCAAAAAUUAAAAUAUUUAAAAAAUAAAUUGAUAUAUUUUAAUAAGCUAAGAUUAAAAAAAUUAAAAAAAGAAGAAAACAAUGAAUAUAUGAUGGAAAAUAAAGAAAAUGAAGAAGAAGGAAAUUUUAAUAAAAAAUCAUAUUUUAAAAAAGAAAGAGAUAAAGAAAUUUCAUGUAAUAAUAUUAAAAAUGUUGAAAACAUGAAAAGUGAGAAAGAUUAUGUCAAUAAUUGUGAUAGUAAAAUCCUUGUUAAGAGUAUAACUAACAAUGAUAAUAAUGAGAAAUGUAAUUCUUUUUUUGAAAAAAACAACAAACUAUUAUUUGAUAAAAAAUUAAAUGAUAAAGAAAUGGAGAAUUAUAAUUUUAUAAAAAGAAAUAUACUUGAAAAUAGUAAAAAUAAUAUUAAUAGUGAACAAAAUGAUAAUUUUUCAGAAAAUAAUAAAACUGUAUCAGGAAAUGAACAUAAUAUAAGAAGCAAUGAUUUUGUUACGAUGUUUCAAAAAUUAAUACAUAACACUAAUGAAGUGAAUUCUUGCAAAGAAAAUAAUAAUAUUUGCAAAAGAAAGAUGAAUGAGGAUUUUCAUUUUAAUAAAAAAAUGAAUUUAUAUGAUAAUGCAAUUAAAAAAAAGGACGAAAACCAAAAAUCCUCAGAAAAGUUAAAAGAUUCUUUUUUCUUAAGAGAUGAAUUAGAGGAAAUAAAUAAUAUAAAAAAGCACAGCUAUGGUAAUAAAAAUAUAAUAGAAAGUAGCACUGUAGAGAAUAUUAUAUGUAAGGAAUCAGAUAUGAUAUUAUAUAAAAAUGAAAAAAAAAAUGAAGAAAGUAAAGUAGAAAAUCUAACUUUAACAAAUCCAUUUACAAUCGAUCAAAUUUAUGAUUACACUGUUUAUUAUUAUAAUAAGAUAAAUGAAAAUAAAGGAAAAUUGGAUUCAUGUGAUGAUUUAUCAAAAGAAAAAUAUUUAAAGGAUAGGAAUAAUUAUAAUAAAUCAUCAAUUAAAGAAAACUUAAAAAAAAAAUAUAAUUUUUUAAAGGUUAAAAAGGAAGUUUUUAAAAUUACAUGA